AUGAAGUUAAACGCUGCAGAGAAAAAAACCCUUUUAGAAAAUCUCACAAAUAGGAUGAUCAAAAUAGAACAAGCUAUAGGUAGCAUAAAAUUUUAUGAAAAAGGAAGCGACGCAAAAAGGCUUCGUAAAGAUGGGACAUCAUUUGGUAGUGGCGUAAAAACAGUCGAAGGUAGUAGAGAGAACAACAAUAUUAAUAAACCUAUUGUUAGUUUUGAUGAUGACCGUCAUGACCACCAUGACCACUAUGGUGAUGAUGAGGAACAGCAAGCUGAACAAAGCAGAGAAGACGAAGAGGACUACAAUGAAAUAAGGUCCCGUCUGGAAAAUGUGUCGACGGAUCUCCUGGGUACGCACAAAGAGGAGGUUGUGGAACUGAUUAAGAAGCACGGGCACAAGAACAGCAUAGCUGUUCACAUUUGCACCAUCAAGUUGAUUCUGCAGCAGAUCGCAAAGGAGUUCUUCCAUGACAUCUAUGCCCAAUACAACGACUUCUACAUCUACAUCCACAGCAACAGUAUCCUUGACGUGUACAAUACUUUUGAGUACAAGCGGAACAUCAUUUUGUCUCACCUGGACUUCAUGAAAACUUACAGCCAGCAAGUUCAAAAAAUUAUGCAGCUAAAGGAGCACAUAAACAGCUACAAAAUAUCGGAAGCGGAGGUACACCUGGAGAGAUUGCACAAAAUUGAACAAAAGAACGAAGCCCUAUUUUCGCGAAUUUCCGCAGUGAAUGCCGCCCUGGAGGACGUGGCGUAUAAAUACGCCCUAAUGAUGCAGGCGGCGUCCCUAAUAGUCUCCAGACACAAGCCAAAUGUAUCUUAA